GCUUGGCCCUCAUCACCUGUCCUCCCCAGUCACCGUGGGCGGGCCUUUGCAUCCCUUUCUGCAGAUCCCGCUCCAAGCCUGUCUGAGCACACUGAUUACCCUGUUUCAUAGCAGCACCCCCAGCGCUGUUCAAGCCCCCACCCCGCCUUAAUUCUUCCCUUGUAGUCCAAUCAACUGCACAGUAAUUACCUGUACUGAUGUUUCUUCUUGUCCCUAAGAGACGUGGUGAUUGAGUGGUGGCUCUGUAAGACUGCGUGCUGAGCAUCUGUGGGAUGCCUCUUGUCUACGUUGUCCCCUCUGCUAUGGAUGCUCUGUCCUGCUUUUCCCUUUUGGACCCAGGGUAAAGCUCCCUCCUUAGUGAGCCACCCCAGACCACCUCACUCUAGUUAGCCAGUCAUCUUUUCUACUGGCCUCCCACUGUCCCCUCUGAGAGUCCCAGGGCUGUGGCAUCUGUGCCCAGGUACCUCCCCAAACCUGAGCAGGUCCUCAGUAUCCAUCCACUGCACCCCUCCCAGUCUCAGGACUAUUUUAUUGUCCCUGCCCCAUUCUGCUGCCCUCUCACUUUCUACAGGUAUUCCCUGAGGCCUAAGUGUCCCUCUGCACACUGUCCCACACUAUGUCCACUUGGCCCCUCCUAUUCAGGCUUCAGGACCCAGCACAGGCAAACCUCUGAUAGCCACUUCCCUGAUGGUCCUGGCUAUUGCUGCCCCCAUCACUGUCUAGAGGCUGUGGCUUUCGACCUGAUCUUGGGUUCCCACCUCAGUCUAAUAGAUGACAAGUGGGUCAUGAUUGACGGAGAGCCCAGGCCCUGAGUCCCACCUCCAGGAGGCUUUUCCGUCUGCUCCUCCCUGUGAAGACUCUUCCAUGUUCUACCAACAACUCCAGCUCAGUGUUAUCUCCUCUAUGAAGCCUCCUUGGAACUCGAGGUGGUCAGUGUCUCUCUCUGGGCUCGCCCACCCCAGCAAUAACAUAACCUAGGCAGGUCCUUGGUGAACCCAGCUCCAAUUUUCAGCCCUGUUAAGUCGGAGUGGAUGUGAUUCUAUUCACUAACAGGCUCCAGCCUUGUGCCAGGGUCCCACCUUCUCUCCCCUCUGAUCUCACUCUCCAGAGUCCUCAGUGCUCACUAUGACCUCAUGAAGUUGCUUGUGAUGAGCCAUCCGGUCGUCGUCCUUGGCUACCAAAUCUCGCAUGCUUUACCCUGACUUCUAGGAGCUCAAGCCCCUUUGCACCCGCCAUGCAUUCUCCAUCAAAGAGAUCCUCCAAGCCCGGCAUGGCUCCGGCACCGGCACCCACUGGGCCCUCCAUGCCCACCACAGCUCCCAUACCUCCAGCUUCCUUGAAGACCACCAAAGUAGCGGCGCCCAACAGUUCCUCAGUGCAUCCUAAGUCCCCUAACUUGGUCAUGAGCCCCAGUAGUUCUAAGUCUACCAGAUCAACAGGUACUAAGACAGCUCCUUCAACCCGUCCCAGCAGUAGAUCCCAAGGCCACAGCAAGACGAGAACACCCAGUCGGCUGAGCACUGACACCAAGGCCAGGAAGGCCAGCAAGGGCAGGAAGAGCGGCAAGACUGGCAUCGUGGAACACCACCAGCAGAAAGGCACACACAGCCGGGGGCGAACUCCGGGCAGGAAGGGAAGUCACAGCUCCAAGAUGUCCCCCAGCAGAACAAGUACUCCUAUCAGGAAGAGAACCCAUUCCGCCAAACCAGGCGUGGCCAAGAAGGCAACGACACCUAUGACACCUACUUCUGACCGCAAACAAAGUCGAGACAAGAGUUAUACCCAACCUAGAACCAGUACACAGGAAAGGAGUGCCAGCCAGCCUAGAAACAUGCACCAGGAAAAGAGCCCUAAGUCACCAGGGGCCUCAGACCCGGGGAGCAGCUCUAGAGUAGCUGCGAUCCCCAGUAGGGCCAAGAGCCACAGCUUAAGUAGGACAGUCUUAAUGAGCUCUAGCAGAUCUCCUGUGGCAUCCAGACGAGCCAAGAGCUAUAGCCAGGUGACGUCCCCCAGCAGGGAACAGACUCACACCGUGACAGAUCUGACUGACUUGUCAGGCAGGGUCAAGAGUUACAAGCAGGACAGCAGCCUCAGCAGGACCCAAAGCUUUAGCCGCUCCAGGACCCCCAGCAGGACCCGAAGUCACAGCCGCUCCAGGACCCCCAGAAGGUCAAGAAGUCACAGUCACAAGAGGACCCACAACCGGGUGAGAAGUUACAGCUGGAAGAGAAAUCGUAGUAGGGCAAGGAGUCGUACACGGAGGGGCACACCCACCAAGAUGAGACACAGCAAGUCCAGAACCCACAGCCAAGGGAAACGUCACAGCCCACGGAGAGCUCUAGGAAGGGAAAGAAGUCGAGUGAGGUCUAGGACUUCCAGUGAGGAAGAAAGUCGCAGCUGGUCCAGAGGGACCCGAGAGAGACAUCACAGCCGAUCCAGAGCUGCCAGGAAGAAGGGGCACAGGCUGUCUAGGAUGCCUAGCAGUGAAAGUAGGCACAACCCGUCUAGAACCCCCAGCACAGACACAGCCCGUAGCCGGCCUAGAGCCUCCAUCAAGAAGAGAGCACAGAGCCGAUCUACCAUUUCCAGCAAGGAAAGGCACCACAGCCACACUAGAACUCACAGCAGGGACCAAGAACACAGCCAAUCUAGAACCUCCACCAAGGACCAAGAAUACGACCAAGCUACAGCCCCUGAGAGCCUCCCAGGGAAGCCAUCUCCCACCAGAACCAGGAGUUCUAGCCAGAAGAGAGCCCACAACAAGGAAAGGGGUCACUCCUCCUCACAGCCUCCCAAGGGAAUCCAAGUCCAGGAAUCCAGCUUCGUCAACACCACAACUUCUAAGGCUAUCUCACCUGGGGAAAGGUCUUCAUCAUCUUCCUCCAAGCUGGCGUAG